AUGGUUCCAUUAUGUUGCCCGGUCUGCAGACGGGAGUUUACGGCGGCAGAGGCACAACCCUUCCGUCUCCUGAAUGACAUCCUGGAUCUCGUGCCAAAAAUACCGCAAAUGUUUGAAUCAGCAGCCAAUCGUUCCCAGAUCCAGGGGUGCACGGACCAGAAGACAGAAUGUUGCCUUAAAUCUGUGACCGAAAAGGUCCCACCAUCUCGUUGCCCCAUUUGCGAACGAGAGUUUACGGCGGCAGAUGUGCAACCCUUCCGUCUACUGGAUGAAAUCCUAGAACUCGUGCAGAAAAUACAGAAAGUAGAUACUUCAGAAGGCGGUCACGGCACCGUUUACCUGAUUCAGAUGGGCCGAAGCGAAGGUUUGACCAUUAACUCUACCAACCUUCUCGAUCGAGGCCUGCGCAUGGAAUACGAAGAUCGAAUAGGACCAACCCCAAAUCUUGACGAGUUCUACCGCACGUAA